GCUGCGGGAGCGGAGCGGUCGCCGGGCGCGCUGGGGGACGCCGGCUGCACUCGGGGCAGGCGCUCUGCAGUGAGACAGUAAAUGCAUCCCCCGUGCACUGCUGCAGGGUGACAUCUGGACUGGGCUCCCGGCCUCUCGCACGCUUGGCUGCCCGCAAGUGCCCGGAUCAACUUGCUGAAAACCGCACUGUCCAGAUGUGGGAUAAACAGUGUUGAACAAGACCCUUAAAGAUCCAGUCCUACUGGGACCUACAUCUUGGCAACCCAGCUCAAGUCCAGCCAACCAUGGCGUCUCUAAAAGAAAAGGAUCUCUCUAUCUUUUGAUGUCACCUGUAUUCCUGCUGUGGCCUUCUCGUUUGCUUCAAGAAUAUCUUCAGGGAAACCGGUCCUCUACAUAAACUGAACAUUGAGACAUUGUAAUUGAGACCCUUCCAAUCAUCGAGGAAGAUGGUGGCCCUGUCCUUAAAGAUCUGUGUCCGCCACUGUAAUGUGGUGAAGACCAUGCAGUUUGAGCCAUCGACCGCUGUGUACGAUGCGUGUCGAGUUAUCCGGGAACGGGUCCCUGAGGCACAGACUGGGCAAGCUUCUGACUAUGGGCUGUUUCUUUCGGAUGAAGACCCCAGGAAGGGGAUAUGGCUGGAAGCGGGCAGAACACUGGAUUACUACAUGUUGCGAAACGGGGACAUUCUGGAAUAUAAAAAGAAGCAGAGACCUCAGAAAAUCCGCAUGCUGGAUGGCUCUGUGAAGACGGUGAUGGUGGACGACUCCAAGACCGUGGGCGAGCUCCUGGUCACCAUUUGCAGCAGGAUAGGAAUAACAAACUAUGAAGAAUACUCUUUAAUUCAAGAAACUAUUGAAGAGAAGAAAGAAGAAGGCACGGGUACGCUCAAAAAAGACAGGACACUAUUACGAGAUGAGAGGAAAAUGGAGAAGUUGAAGGCCAAGCUCCACACAGAUGAUGACCUAAACUGGCUGGAUCACAGCCGAACAUUCAGAGAACAAGGAGUAGAUGAAAACGAAACGUUGCUGCUGAGACGGAAGUUCUUUUACUCCGAUCAGAACGUAGAUUCCAGAGACCCCGUGCAGCUCAACUUGCUGUAUGUUCAGGCUCGAGAUGACAUCCUGAAUGGCUCCCACCCUGUCUCCUUCGAGAAAGCUUGCGAGUUUGGUGGAUUUCAAGCCCAGAUACAGUUUGGACCUCAUGUGGAGCAUAAACACAAGCCCGGAUUCUUGGAUCUAAAGGAAUUCUUGCCCAAAGAAUACAUCAAGCAGAGAGGAGCUGAAAAGAGAAUAUUUCAGGAGCAUAAGAACUGUGGAGAGAUGAGUGAAAUAGAAGCCAAGGUCAAGUACGUCAAACUUGCCCGGUCCCUCCGGACGUACGGCGUAUCUUUCUUCCUGGUAAAGGAAAAGAUGAAAGGCAAGAACAAGCUGGUGCCUCGCCUGCUGGGCAUCACCAAGGACUCAGUGAUGCGUGUGGACGAGAAGACCAAGGAAGUGCUGCAGGAGUGGCCCCUCACCACGGUCAAGCGCUGGGCAGCCUCACCCAAGAGCUUCACACUGGAUUUUGGGGAGUACCAGGAAAGCUAUUAUUCAGUGCAGACUACCGAGGGAGAGCAAAUAUCUCAGCUGAUUGCUGGCUACAUUGACAUCAUCCUCAAAAAGAAACAAAGUAAAGAUAGAUUUGGACUAGAAGGCGAUGAGGAAUCAACUAUGUUAGAAGAGUCUGUUUCCCCGAAGAAGUCCACCAUCCUGCAGCAGCAGUUCAACCGGACCGGGAAGGCAGAGCACGGCUCGGUGGCACUGCCGGCCGUGAUGCGCUCCGGCUCCAGCGGGCCUGAGACCUUCAACAUCGGCAGCAUGCCCUCGCCGCAGCAGCAGGUCAUGGUUGGGCAGAUGCAUCGGGGCCACAUGCCGCCGCUGACCUCCGCCCAGCAGGCCCUGAUGGGCACCAUCAACACAAGCAUGCACGCCGUCCAGCAGGCCCAAGAUGACCUCGGAGAGCUCGACGCACUGCCACCUCUCGGCCAGGAUAUGGCGUCAAGGGUAUGGGUUCAGAAUAAAGUCGACGAAUCCAAACAUGAAAUCCAUUCUCAAGUCGAUGCUAUCACAGCUGGAACGGCUUCGGUUGUUAACCUCACGGCGGGUGACCCCGCAGACACUGACUACACAGCUGUGGGGUGUGCGAUCACUACUAUUUCUUCCAACCUGACCGAGAUGUCCAAGGGCGUGAAGCUGUUGGCCGCCCUCAUGGACGACGAGGUGGGCAGCGGGGAGGACCUCCUGCGAGCAGCGAGGACCCUUGCUGGGGCAGUGUCCGACUUGCUGAAGGCUGUGCAGCCGACUUCUGGAGAGCCCCGGCAGACAGUCUUAACGGCAGCUGGAAGCAUCGGACAAGCCAGUGGGGACCUUCUGAGGCAGAUCGGAGAGAAUGAGACUGACGAGCGGUUCCAGGAUGUUUUAAUGAGCUUGGCCAAGGCCGUUGCCAACGCUGCCGCCAUGUUGGUGCUGAAGGCUAAGAAUGUUGCCCAGGUGGCCGAAGACACCGUCCUGCAGAACAGGGUGAUUGCUGCUGCCACUCAAUGCGCCCUUUCCACCUCGCAGCUUGUGGCGUGUGCCAAGGUCGUGAGCCCCACCAUCAGCUCCCCCGUGUGCCAGGAGCAGCUGAUCGAGGCGGGGAAGCUGGUGGACCGCUCGGUGGAGAAUUGCGUCCGUGCCUGCCAGGCGGCCACCGCUGACAGUGAGCUGCUGAAGCAGGUCAGCGCGGCGGCCAGCGUGGUCAGCCAGGCCCUGCACGACCUCCUGCAGCACGUGCGGCAGUUCGCCAGCCGCGGGGAGCCCAUCGGCCGCUAUGACCAGGCCACUGACACCAUCAUGUGUGUCACCGAGAGCAUCUUCAGCUCCAUGGGUGAUGCUGGUGAGAUGGUGCGCCAGGCCCGGGUGCUGGCUCAGGCCACGUCAGACCUCGUCAAUGCCAUGAGAUCAGAUGCAGAGGCUGAAAUUGACAUGGAGAAUUCAAAGAAGCUCCUGGCAGCAGCGAAACUCCUGGCCGACUCCACUGCCCGCAUGGUGGAAGCCGCGAAGGGUGCUGCAGCCAACCCGGAGAACGAGGACCAGCAGCAGCGCCUGAGAGAAGCCGCCGAAGGCCUCCGCGUGGCCACCAACGCCGCUGCCCAGAAUGCUAUUAAGAAAAAAAUCAUCAACCGGCUGGAGGUUGCUGCCAAGCAGGCUGCAGCUGCAGCCACACAGACCAUCGCGGCCUCCCAGAACGCAGCUGUCUCCAACAAGAACCCCGCGGCCCAGCAGCAGCUGGUCCAGAGCUGCAAGGCAGUGGCUGAUCACAUCCCGCAGCUGGUCCAGGGUGUGAGAGGGAGCCAGGCUCAAACAGAAGACCUCAGCGCCCAGCUGGCUCUCAUCAUUUCCAGCCAGAACUUCCUCCAGCCAGGAAGCAAGAUGGUGUCCUCCGCCAGGGCCGCAGUGCCCACCGUGAGCGACCAGGCUGCAGCCAUGCAGCUGAGCCAGUGUGCCAAGAACCUGGCGACCAGCCUGGCCGAGCUGCGCACCGCCUCACAGAAGGCCCAUGAAGCCUGCGGCCCUAUGGAAAUCGAUUCCGCUCUGAACACGGUACAGACCCUUAAGAAUGAGCUGCAGGAUGCCAAGAUGGCGGCCGUGGAAAGUCAGCUCAAACCACUGCCUGGGGAAACGCUGGAGAAGUGUGCACAGGACCUGGGAAGCACCUCUAAGGCAGUGGGCUCCUCCAUGGCGCAGCUCCUCACCUGUGCUGCCCAAGGCAACGAGCACUACACAGGAGUGGCUGCUAGAGAGACAGCCCAGGCUCUGAAAACACUGGCCCAGGCUGCCCGGGGAGUGGCCGCAUCCACAAGUGACCCUGCAGCUGCCCACGCCAUGUUGGAUUCUGCUCGGGACGUGAUGGAGGGCUCCGCCAUGCUCAUCCAAGAAGCCAAGCAGGCCCUGAUUGCACCUGGAGAUGCAGAGAGUCAGCAGAGGCUAGCUCAGGUAGCCAAAGCCGUGUCACACUCCUUGAAUAACUGCGUGAACUGCCUCCCUGGGCAGAAGGAUGUGGACGUGGCCUUGAAGAGCAUUGGGGAGUCCAGCAAGAAGCUGCUUGUGGAUUCGCUCCCUCCCAGCACGAAGCCUUUCCAGGAAGCUCAGAGUGAACUGAACCAGGCAGCAGCUGAUCUGAACCAGUCUGCUGGGGAAGUCGUCCACGCGACCCGGGGUCAGAGCGGAGAACUGGCCGCAGCCUCUGGAAAGUUCAGUGAUGAUUUCGACGAAUUCCUCGAUGCUGGCAUUGAGAUGGCUGGCCAAGCACAGACGAAAGAAGACCAGAUCCAGGUGAUAGGGAACCUCAAGAACAUCUCCAUGGCAUCCAGCAAGCUCUUGUUAGCAGCCAAAUCUCUCUCUGUAGAUCCGGGAGCUCCCAACGCGAAGAAUCUCCUGGCCGCAGCAGCAAGAGCCGUGACAGAGAGCAUCAAUCAGCUCAUCACUCUGUGCACCCAGCAAGCUCCUGGCCAGAAGGAGUGUGAUAACGCCCUCCGGGAGCUCGAGACUGUCAAGGGCAUGUUGGACAAUCCUAAUGAGCCUGUUAGUGACCUCUCUUACUUUGACUGCAUUGAGAGCGUCAUGGAGAACUCCAAGGUUCUGGGCGAGUCAAUGGCAGGGAUUUCACAGAACGCCAAGACCGGGGACCUCCCUGCCUUUGGGGAAUGUGUGGGGAUUGCAUCCAAGGCUCUCUGUGGGCUGACGGAGGCUGCGGCCCAGGCUGCAUAUCUAGUUGGCAUCUCUGAUCCAAACAGCCAGGCAGGCCACCAGGGUCUUGUGGACCCCAUCCAGUUUGCAAGGGCAAACCAGGCGAUCCAGAUGGCAUGCCAGAACCUGGUGGACCCCGGCAGCAGCCCAUCACAGGUCCUGUCGGCUGCCACGAUUGUUGCCAAGCACACCUCGGCCUUGUGCAAUGCCUGCCGCAUCGCCUCAUCCAAGACGGCCAACCCUGUGGCCAAGAGGCACUUUGUGCAGUCAGCCAAGGAGGUUGCCAACAGCACCGCCAACCUGGUGAAGACCAUCAAGGCCCUGGAUGGGGACUUCUCUGAAGACAACCGCAAUAAGUGUCGUGUUGCCACCGCACCGUUGAUCGAGGCCGUGGAGAACCUGGCGGCGUUCGCCUCGAACCCUGAGUUUGUCAGUGUUCCCGCGCAGAUCAGCUCGGAGGGCUCCCAGGCACAGGAACCCAUCCUGGUCUCAGCCAAGACCAUGCUGGAGAGCUCUUCAUACCUCAUCCGCACCGCCCGCUCUCUGGCCAUCAACCCAAAAGACCCACCCACCUGGUCUGUGCUCGCUGGACACUCCCACACCGUGUCCGACUCCAUCAAGAGUCUCAUCACGUCUAUCAGGGACAAGGCCCCUGGACAGAGAGAGUGCGACUAUUCCAUCGAUGGCAUCAACCGGUGCAUCCGGGACAUCGAGCAAGCCUCAUUGGCAGCUGUCAGCCAGAGCCUGGCCACGAGGGACGACAUCUCUGUGGAGGCCCUGCAGGAACAGCUGACUUCGGUGGUCCAGGAAAUCGGGCACCUCAUCGAUCCCAUUGCCACAGCGGCUCGGGGAGAGGCAGCUCAGCUGGGACAUAAGGUGACGCAGCUGGCGAGCUACUUCGAGCCCUUGAUCUUGGCCGCAGUUGGUGUCGCCUCCAAGAUUCUUGACCAUCAGCAGCAGAUGACGGUACUGGACCAGACCAAGACGCUCGCAGAGUCUGCCCUGCAGAUGUUGUACGCGGCCAAAGAAGGAGGCGGGAACCCCAAGGCACAGCACACCCACGACGCCAUCACGGAGGCCGCCCAGUUGAUGAAGGAAGCCGUGGAUGACAUCAUGGUGACGCUGAAUGAAGCUGCCAGUGAAGUGGGGCUGGUGGGAGGCAUGGUGGACGCCAUCGCAGAAGCCAUGAGCAAGCUUGACGAAGGCACUCCUCCCGAACCAAAGGGAACAUUUGUCGACUAUCAGACAACUGUGGUCAAAUACUCCAAAGCCAUUGCAGUGACAGCUCAGGAAAUGAUGACUAAGUCGGUUACUAACCCGGAGGAGUUGGGAGGACUGGCUUCACAAAUGACCAGUGACUAUGGGCACCUGGCCCUCCAGGGCCAAAUGGCAGCAGCCACGGCGGAACCAGAGGAGAUCGGCUUCCAGAUUCGCACACGCGUGCAGGACCUGGGCCACGGCUGUAUCUUCCUGGUGCAGAAGGCCGGGGCCCUUCAGGUCUGCCCCACGGACAGCUACACCAAGAGGGAGCUGAUCGAGUGUGCCCGGGCGGUCACGGAGAAGGUGUCCUUGGUGCUGUCGGCCCUGCAGGCUGGGAACAAGGGGACCCAGGCAUGCAUCACAGCCGCCACCGCCGUGUCUGGGAUCAUCGCCGACCUGGACACCACCAUCAUGUUUGCCACGGCAGGGACGCUGAACGCGGAGAACAGCGAGACCUUUGCGGACCACAGGGAGAACAUUCUGAAGACAGCCAAGGCCUUGGUGGAAGACACGAAGCUGCUUGUGUCGGGGGCUGCGUCCACUCCAGACAAGCUGGCCCAGGCGGCGCAGUCCUCGGCAGCCACCAUCACCCAGCUGGCCGAGGUGGUCAAGCUGGGGGCAGCCAGCCUGGGCUCCGACGACCCUGAGACCCAGGUGGUAUUGAUCAACGCCAUCAAAGAUGUGGCCAAGGCCCUUUCUGACCUCAUUGGUGCAACCAAGGGAGCUGCCAGCAAGCCAGCUGAUGACCCCUCCAUGUACCAGCUCAAGGGAGCCGCAAAGGUGAUGGUGACCAACGUCACUUCUCUCCUCAAGACUGUGAAGGCAGUGGAGGAUGAAGCCACCCGGGGCACAAGGGCACUGGAGGCCACCAUCGAGUACAUAAAGCAGGAGCUCACGGUGUUCCAGUCCCAAGAGGUACCUGAAAAGACAUCGUCACCUGAAGAAUCGAUAAGGAUGACGAAGGGCAUCACCAUGGCAACAGCCAAAGCCGUGGCAGCGGGGAACUCGUGUAGACAGGAGGACGUGAUUGCCACCGCCAACCUGAGCCGCAAAGCCGUUUCAGACAUGUUGACGGCUUGCAAGCAAGCAUCCUUCCACGCCGAUGUCAGCGAGGAGGUACGAAGCAGAGCCUUGCGCCACGGGACGGAGUGCGCCCUUGGCUACCUGGACCUGCUGGAGCAUGUGUUAGUGAUCCUUCAGAAACCAACACCGGAACUCAAGCAUCAGCUGGCCGCUUUCUCCAAGAGGGUCGCCGGCGCCGUGACGGAGCUCAUUCAGGCCGCCGAAGCCAUGAAAGGAACAGAAUGGGUGGAUCCAGAAGACCCAACCGUCAUCGCAGAAACAGAAUUACUGGGGGCUGCAGCAUCCAUUGAGGCUGCUGCAAAGAAAUUAGAGCAGCUAAAGCCAAGAGCAAAGCCAAAACAAGCGGAUGAGACCCUGGAUUUUGAAGAACAGAUCUUGGAAGCCGCAAAAUCCAUCGCUGCUGCCACGAGUGCCCUGGUGAAAUCGGCCUCAGCAGCCCAGAGGGAGCUGGUGGCCCAAGGAAAGGUGGGCUCCAUCCCGGCCAACGCAGCAGACGAUGGACAGUGGUCCCAGGGGCUGAUUUCUGCCGCCCGGAUGGUGGCGGCCGCCACCAGCAGUCUCUGCGAGGCGGCUAACGCCUCCGUCCAGGGACAUGCCAGCGAGGAGAAGCUGAUCUCAUCCGCCAAGCAGGUCGCCGCUUCCACGGCUCAGCUGCUUGUGGCCUGCAAGGUGAAGGCCGACCAGGACUCAGAGGCUAUGAGGCGGCUACAGGCGGCAGGAAACGCGGUGAAAAGAGCCUCAGACAAUCUUGUUCGUGCGGCCCAAAAGGCAGCAUUUGGCAAAGCGGAUGAUGACGAUGUCGUAGUGAAAACAAAGUUUGUCGGGGGCAUCGCGCAGAUCAUCGCUGCCCAGGAGGAGAUGCUCAAGAAAGAGCGGGAACUGGAAGAAGCAAGGAAAAAGCUGGCGCAGAUCCGCCAGCAGCAGUAUAAAUUCCUACCCACGGAGCUAAGGGAGGAUGAAGGCUAAGGCCAGGCCGAGGCGGUGAGCCCGGGGGAAAGCCCCGCAAGAACUGGAAGGACUGUGUUCCCGAGUGCCGGGCACUUCCCUGGAAACUGCCUGCCUCCCCCGGGGCCCGCCCAGAGUCCCCCUUCUCUGUCCUGUUGGCACCGGCUGCAUGAUCGUGAUGUCACACGGUACAGUGUCCUACCCACAGCCCCUCCACCACCUCCCCUUGUGCCUCGUGUAUCUCAGGAGAGAGGGGCGCACCUUUUGUGAACUGUUACCAAAAAAAAAAAAAAAGAGAGAGAGAGAGAGAAGUCAGUAUUAUAUCGUUCUCAGACACUUUGGCGUUUGUUGGUCCUUCUCUGGCCUGCUUCUGGACCUCCCUGUGAAAUCUUAACAGGAAAAGCAUAAUGUCUCGGGGGAAACCCGCGACGUCAUAGACGUCCUUCUCCCUCUCAGGAGAAGAUGCAAGGUGGAGUUGGACACAGUUAAUAAAAGCCAGAAACAAACCCAUGUGGACUCCAGGAAUGUGACUCGGGGCCUUCCCCCAUAGCUCGAGCAGUGGCUCACGCCGGGGUACAGCAUUCCCACCUCCGGGGUACAGCACGCUUCCCGCCACCGUGUGCAAGCUCCAUGUACAGUCUGCACCCACCUUGUCUUCUGUGGCCUGGAAAAGUCAAACGAUUGUUUUAUUUCCUCCGUCAUCCAGAGUGCAGGGUGGUGGGAGGUGGUCAGAGCCUGGGACGCAGGGGCUGUAAUAAAGCACGUGGGCUCCUUACCUGCAGGUGGCAUUUCAGUUCUUCAGGUCCAUCCACACAGACCCGUACCCCCAAGUGUCAGUGGACUGCCUACUCCAAAGCAUUCGGGAUGGGAUUCAGCUGGAAUAAAGAUUCCCCAGAGACUCCACGUCUCUGCUCUCAAAAUGGCCAGAAUUCAGGGUUGGAAAGCAUCUUGUUAAAAAUCCCUCACCUGUCUCCCCAUGCCAAGAUUGUAUUUUUCUCCACUCUAUCUGAAUGUUCUUGAAAUUUAGCUGUGUUCUGAAAUCAAUGUGAAAUUUGUGCAAAAAUAUUUUUGUUUAUCAUCACAUAUGACAUAUGGUGUUUUCAGAGUUUAUUUUCUGGGUGCCACACUUGCAGAAUUUCACAUUUCCCCCCUCUUUCCUGUUCUGAGCCUUCUGGGGAGGACUUAGUGGUUUGGUUGUUUUUUUGUUUUUUUGUUUUUUUUUAUUAAGACUUUCAACUCAACUGUAACCUGAGCCUUGACCCAGGACAAUACAUGAAGGGGGAAUGGCUUGUGAGACAGAUUCUCAGGCAGGUGGCGAGUGUCUUUGAAGGGAUGCAGCGAGAGCACAGGGCUGGUGCAGGUGAUGGCUUCUGAGAGCAGCCUCCUUGGCCUCUCUGGAGCGGUGUGGUCUCCCGCCUCACUGGCCAUCCAUCAUGCAGUUUCCCAAGUCUGCCCGGAGAAAAGUCGGCGCUCCAGUCCUCGUCAGAUGUCACACUUCAGCCUUGCCCAGCCAGACUCGAGCCUGUGUCCUCCCAGGAAGAGCUCCAGGCGCUUUCGGACACUUCCAAGGGUCAGACCCAAAGGCGCAGGGUCAACAUGGGCAGGUGGCCUUACAAGCAGGACGGGGUGGGGGGCCCUCAUAGUCCACCUCACCUGCACUUCUGUGUUCUAGGUUGUGCCCGAACCAGCUGCCCCUCUUUCAACCUCCCUGUCCCUUGUCCUAUCCCAGCAUCCAAUUAAAAACCUCUACUGCUGUUGGUGCCAGAAGGAUCUGCAGAAAGAAACCAAACCAAAGGCCCAUUCUGCAACAGUAAGAAGCAGGUGUGGAACAAAGCUGGUUUCUGCGGGCCCUAUGCCAAUGGCCUCCUGCCCGGGGGAUCUGCUGCCAGGAGCUCCUUGGCUCCCGGUUGUCACCUGUCAUCCUGCUUCCUCCUCUGUCCUUUCCUGGGCCAUGCUGCAUACGUGCUUGGGAGUGGCCUUGGGGCCUGCUGGCUCUCUUCUUGAUUCGUAAUGGCUCAGGGGCCGCUUCUUCUCCGGGUAUUAUCUCAUGGGUGCUACAGCAGGUACCCCAGAUGACCUCAAGGCACUGGGGGGCUUCUAGCUCCUCUUUAGAGGGAAACAAUGCUAGUAUUGCAUUUUGGGGUCUGAGCUUAGAUUACAAGAGGCCUAACAAGAGGGUGGUUUUAGGGUAAAAAAAAAUGGCCCCAAGCCUGGAGCAUGGAAAUGAGACAAGGACAGAUGUGGGCAUGCACCCCUUUCUGACCCCCAUGAGGGGGACUAACAUUAGGUGUUUUUUUUAAAAAAAUAAUUUGUUAUUUAUAUAAAGUGAACAAAUUUCAUGUAUUUGAUAUAUACAGAUUUAGGAGUAUAGUAUACUUCCCUUCUACCCUCCCUCCUCUUUCUUUUCUUAUUUUUGCAAUGACAAAUUUUCAGUUUGUUUUAUAAUCAUAAGCUUAACCCUCCACUAAGUAAAGAAUUCUACAAGCAGUAAGAAGAAGAAAGCACGUUUCUCACCAGGGAUGGAAACAGUUAGAUCUGGGUCUUUGUGCUGGACCUCAGAGCUGCCUGUGAUUUAGGGGUUUGGAUUUUGCAUGUUUCUGCCUUUGAGAAAUCUUCGAAUAAGGAUGCUAAAGACAUUUUAGGUUACACGGAGAGCCCUCGUCCAAGCUCCGCUGGUGUGCGGCUGCAGGGCUCCUGGCAGUCAGGACGGGCAGGUGCCUCCAGCCCCGGUCAGCUGCCCCAUGGGUCUUCAGAGGCAGGUGCAGCUGGUGGCCCGCCUUGGCCACCCUACGCUCUAUCCCAGCACACUGAGCUUCUGAGAGUUCUUUCCUGCUUCCUUUCUGGGCCACUGAAGCCUCUUUCUAAUGUUGAUACAUCUUCUCAUCAGAGUUCACCCCCCCAAAAAAAAGAGUGAACCCCACUUCCCAGGCCAGAACCUCAUCCAAGAGCCAUGAAGAUGGUGAGCCAGCCACGGCCUCCGCUCCCUGGGGGCUUGCAGGCCCCUCCCCGGGGAGCCACAGUCUCCUUAUUAGCUGGUAUCCCCGAAGUGCAGAUUCGAGGCUGUGGCAAAGGCGUCUCAGGUUGCAGCCUUGAGCUCCCAGCUCCGACUGUAGGCCUGUUCUGCUCCGAGAUUCCCUUUCUGUGGCCUCUCAGGACCCAGGGACUUUGGAGAGAGUGUCCCCCUCAGGCUAAAAGGCAGCCACACCCAGAGCUUAGAAAACAAGAUGUUGGCAACCGUGCUAGUGGCCCCCAUCCCACCCGGCCACAGGGCCGUCGGAGGUGGAGUCUUCCCCCCAGUUCCACACUGAAGGCGUCCGGAGGCCGCUGCCCUGUCCUCCCGAGGGUGUGCUUGCCGGGCCACCGUGUGGCUGUGUCACCGAGCUUCUGACUGAGAAAGCAAAUGCUGCAAAGAAAAGCUUUUUGCUUUGCUAUGAAAGAGGAUCGGAUCCGGCCAUCCUCUAAGCCGGGUCCCAGCCCUCCGAGAAGCCUCGAGGUGGCACUCCAUCAGCACCUCUCACCAGCCCCAGCAUCUGGAGGAAGCCAGGAAAGUGGAGCUCCGCCCCAUGUUUGCCGUCUCAGCGCCUAAUUUAUGCAGUCAUGUUAAAUUAUUAUUUUUUAAUUCAUCAGAAAUAAACUUGUA